AGAGAGAGAGAGAUGAGAGGCGGCAGGAGGCGGCGAUCGGCUCUUUUGUGAAUUUGCCACCUUGCCCUAGGAGGAGGCGGGGGUACGAAGAAUCCGCAGACCUCUAUGAUAGAUGGGGCUCCAGCUCGGGUUGAGAGAUGGCCAAUUGGAUAAACACCACGAGCAUUUUUUAAAGGUGACCAGAUUAUAACAAAUCCAAGGAUAGAAGACGCCUGUUAAAGGGAGCACUGGCUACAGCAAGAGAAAAGGACUUGAGGAUGGGAUCGGUGGGAGUGGAGAGCCGAAAGAGGGGCACACCGGUCCUCACCCCAGAGGGGAACGUCGUCAUGAGCUUCAGCUUUGAGAGCUACCAGCUGGAGGAGGAGGACAGCCAAGUUAAAGACAUCCCUGACAAGGGUGUUCUUGCAUUCACGGAACCGACAUUUGAAGACCCUGAACCUGAGGACCGUUACCAUGGGAUUUAUUUUGCAAUGCUUCUGGCUGGAGUGGGUUUCCUGCUGCCUUACAACAGCUUCAUUACGGAUGUCGAUUAUUUGCAUAACAAAUUUGAAGGUUCCUCCAUUGUGUUUGACAUGAGCCUGACCUAUAUUCUGGUGGCACUGGUUGCUGUCAUUCUGAACAAUGUUUUGGUUGAAAGGCUGAGCCUUCACACUCGAAUUACUGUUGGUUAUCUCUUCGCCCUUGGACCCUUACUGUUUGUGAGUGUCUGUGAUGUCUGGCUGGAGCAGUUCCCAAAGCAGCAGGCCUAUGUAAUCAAUCUGGUGGCAGUGGGAGUUGUGGCUUUCGGGUGCACUGUUCAGCAGUCAAGUUUCUACGGCUACACAGGAAUGCUGCCAAAGCGAUACACCCAAGGAGUGAUGACGGGCGAGAGCACCGCUGGGGUGAUUAUUUCCUUGAGCCGGAUCUUUACCAAGCUUCUCAUCCAGGAUGACAAGAAGAACACAAUCAUCUUCUUUUUUGUUUCUAUCGGCAUUGAGCUGAUGUGCUUCAUACUCCAUCUGCUGGUGCGGAGGACUCACUUUGUGAGAUAUCACACAAGCCGAGCAAAGCAGGGGCUCAACGAGAUGAAUGGCCACACAAACCCAAUGACAGGCUACAGAGUGCACCACAAUCCCAUCUCUGAGGAAGUAAGAUUUGAAAAUGGACCAGCGGGAAUUUCUCCCUCAGAAGUCAUGACAGAGGCCGAAUUUGCAGGCAGUGGCACCUACGUCCGCUUUGAUGUCCCCAAGCCAAAAAUAAGGCGAAGCUGGCCCAGUUUUCGAGACAUGAUUCUUCAUCGUUAUGUUGUGUCUCGGGUCAUCUGGACCUACAUGCUGUCCAUAGCGGUGACCUACUUCAUCACGCUUUGCUUGUUUCCUGGCCUUGAAUCUGAAAUCAGGAACAAAACGCUGGGAGAAUGGCUACCCAUCCUUAUCAUGGCCAUUUUUAACAUGUCUGACUUUGUGGGAAAGAUCCUGGCUGCAUUACCCUAUGACUGGAAUGGGAGCCGCCUUCUGCUUUUCUCAUGUAUUCGGGUGGUCUUUAUCCCCCUCUUUGUCAUGUGCAUUUACCCAAGCGGCAAGCCUGCCCUGACCCACCCAGCCUGGCCUUGUGUGUUCUCUCUUCUCAUGGGCAUCAGUAAUGGCUACUUCGGGAGUGUGCCAAUGAUUCUGGCGGCAGGAAAAGUCAGUCCUGAACAGAGAGAGCUGGCAGGUAACACCAUGACUGUAUCAUACAUGACAGGCCUGAUGUUGGGAUCUGCUGUCGCCUACUUCGCUUACAGCCUGACCGCAACUCACACGUACUUUGAAAAAGUGAACACUUCUGUUACCUCGGGCUACUGAAAGGACAACUAUGAAGCCUUAAUUUGAAAAUGCUCAUCCUGCUCAUGCUGCAACUGAAAAAAAAAAAAAAUAAUAAUAAAACAGAACAAUCUACAAGUUACAGAUAAGAGCUGAGCAUCAAAGAAUGUGACGAUCAGACAGAUUGGCCCCCAUCUUUUCUACCAGGAGGGACGGACUAGAGCAACUCCUUCAAUGGCUGCCCUGUGGUUGAUUUCAAGCCAAAGUCACUUUCUGGGGAACCCUGUGUGUGUAGUGCUGAUAUUUUAAUUUCCCUGUCAGUACCUUGUGAUGUCAUUUUUCAUUUUGUGCUGCUUGCCGAAUGUCUCUAUGUAAGUGAAACAGCAGCGGUGGCUGGGGAGGUGGAUGGGACGCCGCUCAGCUGCCUUGCUUUGUAUUUUUCUGUGACAUUCUGAGUCUUAAUCAAAAGGUUUUUUCAACCUUG